CCUUGCCGCCCCAACCGAGCCCACUACUGCAGCUGAAGAUAAGCCUGUCGAAGAAGUCGAGAUUUCUCGCGAGGCACAAAGGGCAACAGAGAGAGAUAUCAGCCAAGAUGCGCCCGUCAUAACGACCUCUGCCGAUGAGAAUGCCUCCGCAGAGGAGCCCAAGCCGGUCGAGACCUUACUCCCGCCACAGGAGACGCCUGCGGAAUACGAUGGCCGAACAGCAGAAAGAAAUGCCUCCCGUACUCCCUCACCAGCCGCCGUCCGAGUCUAUUGAGCCCGAAAUGCCCACCCCCAACACACCCGUUACAGAGCCAGAUCAUACGGAAACCGCCAGGCAGGGAAUAGAGUUCGGUGAGAAGGAACGCGAGGAACCGAAACAAGGUGAACAAGGAUCCAUACCUGGUGAAGAUGAAGGGACAUAUUCGGUGACCUCCACGAAAAAAAGUAAAAAAGAAAAGAAGAAGAAGAAGCGGGAAUCUGCCUCCCUACCGGAUGAACCUUCAACUGCUGCAGAUGCGUCGUUUGAUGCAGAAAAUGUAGAGCAGUCUGCACUGGAAGUGAUCUAUACAGGAGACGUGGAGCCAUCAGAAACCGUUCCUGAAGAUCAGCCUGCCACCGGGGUAGAUGAUACCGGAAUUCUGGAGCCUUCGAACCCGGAGCAGCCGCCGACCGCUGCUGCUGAGGACCUUUGGCCGUCACCAACGUCACAGAAGAAAAAGGGAAAAAAGGACAAGAGAAACAAGAAAAAGCAGGAGACAGUUGAACUGCAGGAUGACAAUGUCUAUUCUCGAGCGGAGACAGCAGAGCAAAUACCAGCAGAGGCCCCCGAGGCCCCUUUUACUCCCGAAGAUGUGACUGCGACAGACAAGGAAGCAGGAGUAGCCGCUGAAGAAAUACCUGCGGAGCCUUCAAAGGAAGCUGAACCUGAGCAGGCUGUGCCGGCAGACAAAGAGGAACCGCCACCAGAAUCGCAACAACUAGAGCCAACGGGGACCGAGGUGAUUGCCGAAAACGAAACGGAAAUUCCAUCACCUGCUCAAGUUGCAGAAUUCGAAUCCAAGCAGAAUGACAUGGUCGAGGUCGAAGAUCAGGCAGCUUCAGUACCGGCAGAGGGCGCGAUCGACUCUGCGGAACAACCAGCUGGAUCACAUUCGGCAGAACCUGUAUCCGACGAUGUCAAGGAAACGAUGGAAGCACAACCUGAAGAGACGUGGGCUAUUCCGUCAAAGAAAAAGAAGAAAGACAAGAAGAAAAAGGCCUCCUUGAGGGACGAGCCUACCGCCGCUGCACCUGAGACUGAGGAGCAACAUUCUUUGACUGAUGCUGCCACGCCUACCACAAUUGAACCUGGUCACGACUCUACUGUGGAAAAUGUUGAGGGCCAACAAGCCACCGAAAAGAUGCCAGAAGAGCCAGGUGAAGACUUCUGGGCAGUGUCUACCAAGAAAGGGAAGAAGAAGGGUAAGAGAGGCAAGUCCAGCAAAGAUAUGUCGACUACUCUGCCACUGGAAACUGCAGAGCCAAAGGAGGAAUUAGUACACCCGGUUGAUGAAGGUCUCGCCACACCUCUUGAUAAUGUACAAACUGGCGAAGACCUUGCCGUCCCUCCUGCCGCCGAGGAAGGAAUCAGUGUCCUACCCGAUGAUAUCUCUAUAGCACCAGAACCAGUCCAACCUUCGAUUUCCCUUGACCCAUUCGAUGUCCCGUCGGACGCGGAGAACACUGCUGAGAACUCAACGGCCAAUGGUGCCAACGAUGCCAACGAACUGGCUGAUUUGGGUCUCGAUCCGCCGGCAGAUGAGGCACUUCGCAAAGCGCAGGAAGAGUCCGAAGAUAGACUACGUCGACAAGCUCUGGAGCAGGACUCAGAUCUCACACUUGCAGAGGAUCUGUUUGGUGAUCGUCCAAAGGAGAUAGCCCCUGAAAGUCCGUCAACGAAGAAGUCCAAGGGAAAAAAGAAGUCGUUGCAGAGAGCUAUCCCUGACGAAAACGAGGAUAUACCAGAGCCUGCUACAGAUACAAUGGGACUGACAGCUGAAGAACAGGAGUCAGAGGGAGGAUUACAAGAAGAGCCUUCAGCCCUAGAGAAGUCUCGAUAUGAUGAAAUGCUACUGAACCGCAGUUCGUCGAAGAAGAAGAACAAAAAGAAGCGCAAGGACACCAUCAGUUUGGAACCCGAAGAGCUAAAGAGCAAGGAUACUGUAAAAGAGGUCCAAAGCGAGGCGGAAACUGAGAAGUCGACUCUUGUUCAGAAGCAAGAUACCGCGCCGACAGACACCAUGGAUGCCGUCAACCAGAAUCUGGAGGAACAGGCUGAAACCGAAGAACCUCCGGAGGAAUUUCCCAUUGUAUUUGUUGACCAUGGUCCAGGCGUCAUCGGUGAUUUUGCAGAUACCCCACGGAUCGAGGAACUACGCGAAGAAACUAAGCAGCUGGAGGAGCCCUCCGGCGAGGAUAUCUGGGCUGCACCCUUGAGCAAGAAGGAUAAGAAGAAGAACAAGAAGAAGAAGGAGGCCCAGGAGAAGGCUGUAGCUGGUGAAUAUCAGGAUGAGGAGCUUGCAGCUCCGGAACAGCCGCUUCCUACGCCAGAACCUGCAGUCGUUGAACCGCGUAUCUCUGAAGCGCCAGCCCCCGUAGUAGCCUGUGAAGCUGAGGAUCCAGACGAGUCCUGGUCCACGACUCUGAAGAAAGGAAAGAAGGGAAAGAAGAGUGAACGACGGAGCCAAUAUCCGCCGGAGGAGCAGCCUGCCGACGUGGAGGAAAAGGCCUCGGAGAAGGUAAAGGAUGAAGCAGACGAGAACAGAAAAGAUGAGGAGAAGCAAACCGAGGAGAAGGCAGAAGUGAAGGACACGGAAGAGAAGACUGCUGAUGAAGUGGAAACCAAAGAGAGUUCCCCGAACAUGGAAGAGGUCGCGUCAGUGCCAGCUCCAGAGCCUACGCCCAUUAUUUCCAUCGACGAAAAGCCACGGGAAAUAUCUUUACCCCCGAAGACGAGCAAGAUUGCCAGUAUCUUCCCAAAUCUAGAACGGGCGUCCUUCAAACGGCCGGUGCCACGCCCGUCAUCAGAAAAACUUACCGAAUCCAAGGAGUGGUGGAAGCACCCAAAAGAGGUGGCUGAGGACGAGACCAUUGGUACAGAUGCGAGUCGCGCCAGCGCGAUCCAGGUCUCUGAAGCACCUCUCGCGGAAGAUGCACAGUCCCUCCGGGACAGCGGCCAUGCGGCCACAGAGCAGCGGACGGGGAAUUCGGCCCACUGGCAGGAUGAGAAAGGGGAGCCUGAUCUCUCGACGGCAGGCAAAAAGAUGCACCGUAAAACACCGCCCGUGGAGGCAAGCUCGCAAGAUCGUCCAUCGUAAGCAUCUCUUGAAUCCUCUUCGACGCGAGCUGACCUGGAGAAUAGCACACCGAAGCAGAGCGGCGGGCUCCAUCGUACGACGUCCAUCCACGGUCACCAUCACCAUGACGGGCAUCCGCUGCCAUGGUCAUUGGACCAAGAGAAGAGU